GGUGAAAAAAGGCUUAAACAUAUUUUGAAAGCUCAAUUUUUUAUUUAAUUUUUUUGCUGAGUAGCAGUAGCAGUAGCAGACAAAAACCCCUCAGAAAACCCUUAAUUCUCUGCUCCAAAAACUGCUUACUUGCUAGUUGCUAUCCUCACUCCUGAGCUAACAUUUCCUUUGUAACCUUCACCUUAUCUUCUCCUAUCUUCCUCUAUCUCUCUCUCUCUCUAAACAAUGGCUAACAAUCAAGAAGACCCAAUUCAAGAACAAGAGCAAGAGCAGGAACAAGAACAAGAAUACCCAGAUGAAGAAAAGCAAGCUUUAUCCUCUUCAGACUCUGAUUCUGAUUCUGAUUCUGAUUAUGACUACGACUAUGACUACACACCAGGCGAAGACACCACUGUCUCCUACACUAGACCUGGAGAUGAGCCACCACCGUCAACCAACACACCAGAAGUAAACCUUGCACGUUUUUCUCAAGUAUUGGAUAGCAAAGAAAUGAAAGAAAUGGAAGAAAAAGAAGAUAGAGAGUAUGAAUAUUAUGAAGAUUUAUUUGAUUUUCCUGAAGAUAAAGAGAAUUGGAAAGAGGAAGAUUUGAAAGAGUUAUGGGCUGAUGCUCCAUUCGAAAUGACUAAACCUGGGUGGGAUCCAGUUUGGGCUGAUGAAGAAGAUUUGGAUAUCAUGAGGAAAGAAGUUAAUGAAGGGAGAGAUCCUCCGAUUGCUCCUUUUUAUUUGCCUUAUAGACCACCAUAUCCGGUUAUCCCUGAUAAUAACUAUGAUGUUUCUAAUCCUAAAGCUGUAAUUGAGGAAUUGGAUAGAAUUGAAGAGUUUCUCACUUGGGUUAGCUUCAUUUUCCCUGAUGGGAGCUCGUAUGAAGGCACUGUUUGGGAUGACUUGGCUCAUGGCAAGGGUGUAUAUGUUGCUGAACAGGGGCUAGUCAGGUAUGAAGGUGAAUGGCUGAGGAAUAACAUGGAAGGCCAUGGAGUUGUCGAAGUUGAUAUACCUGAUAUAGAACCAGUGCCUGGUUCCAAGCUUGAAGCAAAGAUGCGUGCUGAAGGGAAUAUAAUAUCAAGAGAUUUUAUGGCCCCCGAAGACAAAGAAUGGCUGGAGAUGGAUAUUGAAGAUAGCAUUCGCCUAGCUGGGGGAAAUUAUGAAAUACCUUUCUAUGAGAAUGAUGAGUGGGUCAAACAAUUUGGGAGAAAACCGGAAAAAGGUCGGUACCGAUAUGCUGGUGAGUGGAAGCACGGCAGGAUGCAUGGAUGUGGUGUUUAUGAAGUGAACGAGCGUAUAUUAUAUGGUAGGUUCUAUUUUGGGGAGUUUGUUGAUGAGGCUACUGAUUGUGAUGAAAACAUUUCAGCGUUGCAUGCAGGAUUAGCAGAAGUAGCUGCUGCUAAGGCUCGAAUGUUUGUUAACAAGCCGGAUGGAAUGGUCAGGGAAGAGAGGGGUCCGUAUAGUGAUCCUCAGCAUCCCUAUUUUUAUGAGGAAGAAGAUGUGUGGAUGGCACCAGGCUUCAUCAAUCAGUUCUAUGAAGUUCCUGAUUAUUGGAAAAGAUAUGUGCAAGACGUGGAUCAGGAAAGAGAAAUGUGGUUAAAUUCCUUCUAUAAAGCUCCUCUGCGAUUACCCAUGCCUUCUGAGCUUGAGUACUGGUGGUCGAAAGAGGAGGAACCUGAAUUUGUUAUUCUUAACAAAGAACCAGAACCGGAUCCUGAAGACCCAUCAAAGCUAAUAUAUACUGAAGAUCCUGUCAUCCUCCACACGAAAACUGGACGAAUAAUUAAUUAUAUCGAGGAUGAGGAACAUGGUGUGCGCUUGUUUUGGCAACCACCUCUGAAAGAUGGAGAAGAUGUGGAUCCUGAGAAGGUUGAGUUCCUACCCCUAGGUUUUGAUGAGUUUUAUGGAAAAGAGACAGUGGUGAAGAAGGAAACCUUCCUGCAGCGACUUCUAACUGCAGUGGAAAAUGCAUUCAAACCAAUGCUUGAUAAGCUAGAGAAAUGGACUGAGGAGAAGAAGAAAUCUAGUGAGAUGAAAAUAAAGCUGUUUGAAGAAGAACUUGCCCUGGCCGAGGCUGAAUUGGCUCUGGAAGAGGCCAUUGAGGAUAUGGAUGAGGAGUUAAAGAUGCAAGAAAAAGAAGAGGAGGAGAAAGCAGAAAUGGGGUUGCAGGAGGAAGAGGAUAUUUCUGCAUCAUCCAACCAAGAUCAGAAACCUACAGCGGAAGUGGAAGAAGAGGGUGAGGAAGAGGAAGAUGAGGAGGAGGAUGAUGUCACACCAUCAAGUUUUGGGUCUGUAGCCCAAGAUGAGAGCCCAACAAAGUAUGACCAGAAAGAAAAGAGACCUGGAGAAUCUCCUUUCUUGUCAUGUUCAUUGUCACUAGCUUCUCGUAGCCUUCUUUCAGCUGUUCCAUCUGGCAUACAACAAUCAUUUUUGGCUUGGAAGAACAGAUUGUCACAAAAGCCAACUCCUCCCUUGCACAUAGAAGGCCACAAUAUCCUUUCUGGAAAUGUUAAUUCAGUCAGUUUUCCUAAAUUCAAUGGUCAAAGGGGAAGCUUGAGGGCUAAAAGUGGUGCUAAUCAAAAGCUUCAAUCAAGUCACCGUUCCACGAGAAAGGUGUCUCAGAUACGUUCAUUUGCUCGAGUUCUCUCCAAUCCUUCAGCUUCUGUGGACCCCAAAAGGAGACCAAAGAUGCCAACAAAACAGAAACAUACUUGGCUGCAUGCACCACCAGAGAGAGAUUCAGACAGCAUUUUGUCUUUGCACACACAAGUGUAUUGCUUAGAAUGUCAUACUGAAACAGCCAUGUGUGAGCCUCUUUAAUCUAUACAGUUGAAAAGUCGGAUCCUUCUGAAAGAACGAAGUCCAAUUUUGUAGAGAACACAUGUCUCGUCUUGCCAAAGUUUUUGGUGUACUUUCAGCUUUUAACUAGUUUAAGGUCAUGAAAAGAAAAACUCUGACCAGAUAAAGAUGCUUUUUGCUCUGGAUUUUGUACCAUUCAAUUGUUAUUGGGAAGCAAUUUUAUUCAUGAAUUAGAUUGACCUGAA